CGGGGCCUAAGUGUAGUAACUCACUAGACUUAUUGAUCACGAGUUCACGACUGUGACCUUUCCUUUUUUUUUUUUUUUUUAAUAAUAAUGUCACAUUAUCGCAAGUCCUAUGUGAGUUACUCUUUACACAACAUUAUGUUUUUCCAUAUGGCUAGCGAAUGGGACAACUUUGAUUUUAAAAUGAUUGACUUACUUUUGGUGCCAAUAUUAAGUAAAGAUGGUAGCAUUGAAAUAUUCUUACUUUGCCAGACGAAGGAUCUUAAAAGAAGAUUAAAGAUACCAUAAUCUAGUUUAAAGGAUCCAACUUUUCUUUUGUAACACUAGACUUUCAUUAUAUAUGCAUGCAUCGUAUUACCAUAAGUUAGGUAAACCUUCAUUUAUAUACUUCGCUCUAUCAUUAUAUUGAUAGUAGGGAGGUACUCCAUAUAUAAUACAUAGUUUCUAGUCUUUCUACCUCAUUGAUUUAUCUAUCUCUUCACUCGAUAUCGAUUGAUCUACUCGAAAUUAGUACUUGUCUACGUAAAAUUUCAAUUUUGAUAGUAAGAAAUUGAAGUAUGAAAAAACACAAUUUUGUCGGAGAAAAUUUGAACAGAUUGCCCCCUGGAUUCCGAUUUCAACCUACCGAUGAGGAGCUUCUCUUCCAGUACUUAAGAUGCAAGAUUUUCUCGCUUCCUCUUCCGGCCUCCAUCAUCCCUGAGGUCCAUUUUCCUAAGUUAGACCCUUGGGAGCUGCCCGGUGAUUCAAUGGAAGAGAGAUAUGUAUUCACCAAGAAGGGAGGAAGACACAAGAAGCGUAACCAAAAUAAUAGAUCGAGUAGGGCAACAAACUCGGGAUAUUGGGAAGAUACUGGCUCGGAAAUGCAUAUAUCUCCUCCUCCAAGCCAAAAUUUCGAAACGAUGAUAAUAACAGGCAUCAAAAAAACUUUAGUAUAUCACAUGGGAAGGGCUCCAAACGGUAGUCCAACUGAUUGGUACAUGAAUGAAUAUAGCUUAGUCUAUAAUAAUAAGAAUUACAAAGGUGUAUCAAAACUGGAAGAUUGGGUCAUUUGGCAUGUAUUUUUGAAGCAAAGAAUUGAAGAAAAUGACAAUGCAAUAAUGUUAGACUAUAAUAAUAGUCAUUACAGAUUAACUUCAAAUAUUCCAUCCCCUUGUUCUUCUUCUUCGUCGUCAAACUCAUUUGCACAUGUUUCUUCAUAUGAAUUACACUCUGAUGAAGAAAGUAACUAUAAUUUUAUGUAAUUUAAUUUAUUCAGUAUAUCAUAACUCUUGUGCUUAAUUAUGCAGUUAGUUUAUGCAUUAAAUUACAUUAUUUCUAUUGCUAAUAUAAUAAUAUUAAAUUAAUCAUGAGUUUUAUAUUAAAUGUACUCCGUACUAAGCUACUCUUCAUUUGUUCUUUAUUUUAAGGUCUUUUAAAAAUAUGUUUGACUAUAAAUAACAUUAAUUAUAUAUUAUAUACAUUUAAUUUUUUUUUCUUUUUUUUUUUAUAUUUAAUGUUCUAAAAUAAUCUAUCAGGAUCUCACAUAGCUUAAUAUUUUUAUUUUUUUAUAGAUAAAGAAAAAUUCACAAUCAAAGAUAAUAAACUUUGAUUCCAAAAAAAAUAAAAUCAACCGAACAAUUAUGACCUACUCGUAAAAGAGUAAUUUAAUGUAAUUACGUAUAGUGGGACACCAAAGUCAAUAUGAAAUGUACAAACAUGCAUGCAUUGACUUUAAGCAUAAUAAUGAAAGCAUAAAGCAAAAAACUU